ACGAAGGCCAGGUUCGGUGCAGGCACGUUUUUUCACUUCACUGUAUGGCGGCUAUCGACAAAGUUCGCGUGCUGGUAGUGGGCGAUUCCGGAGUUGGCAAAACGUCGCUCACGCAUCUGAUCGCCAACAAUGAGCCGCUCACAUCGCCCGGCUGGACGGUCGGUUGCUCGGUGGAGGUGAAGCUGCACGAGUACAGAGAAGGUACGCCCGCCCAGAACACGUUCUUCGUCGAGCUGUGGGACGUUGGCGGCUCGAUCAGCCACAAAAACACGCGCGGCGUCUUUUACAACCCCACGCACGGCAUCAUCCUCGUGCACGAUCUGACCAACCGCAAGAGCCAGGAAAAUCUGCAACGAUGGCUGGCGGAAAUACUGAACAAGGAUGGCAAGGAUGCGCUCAAGGGCGGCGACGCGAUCGAUAUGGAUCCGGAACAGUUUCUCGGCUCGACGCAGUUUAAACUUUCUCAGAUCCCAAUACUGGUGAUCGGCACGAAGCUGGACAUGCUGGACGAAGGGCACAAGCAGAAAAUUCAAACCCGCACGUCCGCCGGCAGCAUUGCGGAACAGUGUGGAGCGGACGAGAUCUGUCUGAACUGUCACGAGUCCCGCUCGCUGGCCGCGGGAACGACCGAUGCCGUGAAGUUGGCCCGAUUUUUCGACAAAGUGAUUGAGCGGAAGUAUCACAGCCGAGACACGGGCAGGAAGUACGCCACCAGCUACAGUUCCGCCAUGGCGGGACCGUUCGGAUCAUUCCCAUUGGCGCAGCAAACGGCAGGGCAGCAAAGCUCCACGUUUAGUUAUCUCAACGCUAAUCCAGUGACUGAAAGCUUAUCGUGAUAUUGUAAAUAAAUGUCAAGCCUUAUUUCCAUAA